AUCGGCAGGGUCGUCCACACCCCCUGCGCGCGUGAGGAUGGCGCUUCGGCUCCAUCGUGGGCGCGGGGCCACGGGGCAGGGGCUGGCCUUGGAGACCUCAGCUACAGCAACAGCAGCUUCCGGUGCGGUGGGCUCCCGCCGCUUCCUGCUCUUUCUCUACCUGGUAGGGUUUUUGGAUUUGUUUGGUGUCAGUAUGGUUGUCCCAUUGUUGAGUCUUCAUGUCAAGUCCCUUGGAGUAAGUCCUAUAGUUGCUGGAGUGGUGGGCUCAUCUUACGGCAUUUUGCAGUUCUUCUCCAGCACCUUUGUGGGCUGCUGGAGUGAUGUGGUUGGAAGACGGUUCUCCUUGCUGGCGUGCAUUCUGCUCAGUGCCGGGGGUUAUCUCCUACUUGGAGUAUCCACCAACGUGUUCCUGUUUACUCUGGCUAGAGUCCCUGUGGGUAUUUUUAAACACACCCUCUCCAUCUCCAGGGCACUGCUUUCUGACCUGGUCACAGAGAAGGAGCGACCCCUGGUCCUGGGACAGUUCAACACAGCCUCGGGCAUAGGCUUUAUCCUGGGCCCUGUGGUUGGUGGGUAUCUGACGGAGCUGGACGGUGGAUUCUACGUGACGGCUCUCAUCUGCUGCUCUGUCUUCCUUCUCAAUGCUGGUCUCGUUUGGGUGUUGCCUUGGAGAGAAACAACCCUCAAGAGCACAGAGGAUGCUUGGAGCUCAGAUGAGAAGCACACUACGGUGCCCAGAGAGUCAGCAGGUACAACGCAGGGAGCAGCCACCCCUGCUAAGGCCAGGAGGAGCGAGAAGAAAGUGCAGAAGCCUUGGCUUGAAGUCAUGUCGGCCUUGAAGGACAUGAAGAGCCUCCUAUUUUCUGCACUGUGGGACAUAUUUCUCGUACGCUUGCUGAUGGGGGUGGCUGUCAUGCUGUACUACAGUAAUUUUGUCUUGGCCCUGGACGAGCGAUUUGGGGUGCGACCGAAGACCACCGGUUACCUCAUCAGCUACACCAGUGCUCUGGGCACCCUGGCUGGCUUCGCCUUGGGGCCCAUUCUCCGACUGUACAAGCACAACUCACACAUGGUCCUGCUGCACUCCAGUGCCCUCACCUGCUUGCUGCUGUUACUCUACUCCGUGGCCGGCACCAUGCAUGUGGUGGUCCUUUCCUCCACGCUUCUGUCCUUCUCCACCUCCAUUGGGAGGACCUGCAUCACUGACCUCCAGCUGAGUGCUGGCGGGGCCCAGGCCAGCGGCACCGUCAUAGGUGUGGGCCAGUCCGUGACCGCAGUGGCUCGUGUCAUUGCUCCUCUCCUCUCAGGGGUUGCCCAGGAGCUCAGCCCCUGCGGCCCCCCAAGUCUGGGUGCUGCUUUAGCCCUGGUGGCGGUUUUAAUCAUGUCACGAAACAAACCUCAUUCCAGUGGGCACGGGAGUGAGAAACUAAAACGGGAGUAGGGCGGAUCGGGAGCACCUAGAGAAGCUGAGUUAGAAGCGGUCAAAUCAGGGACAAAGACUGGUUGGUCAGAAGGGCGCUUCAGGGAGGGCGCCUCGUCUAAGUGCAGUCAUGGCUGCGGCCAGCCCUCACAUGCCCAGGGAUACCAGCAGGACCGCCACAAGUCAGCCACAGACUGGAAAGUUUAGGUUGAGCACAGCUCGGCCCAGCAUCCCAUCGGUAUUCAAAACUUACCUGAAUGGCUUCUCUUCCCACCUGGGCCAGUAGAGUUAACAUUUGCUUCCUGGAAAGGCAGCAGCUGCAAAGCAGUGAAAACGGUGGUGGGAGGGGGCAACUGGCUUGCGGGAGGAUGGGAGAGCCACCAUGGAAGAAGCAGUGUCCCAGUGAAAAAGAGCGGCCAAGUUCAUCUCAUGUUGGUCAGUUUGGUGCAAUUCAGAUUUUCUGUUAAACCCAGAAGCCAAAACUCGCUUCUCUGUCAAAAUCCCAGAGACUGGAGGAGCCGCUUUAUUUAAAUCAAGCUGUUGCUUUCUCCACUGGUAAAAUCUCAGAUGCUGAACUCACCCCCAGACACAUAGAUGCACAGGCCUUUCAAGGCCAGAUGUGGGGUUUUAAACACUGGUGGUCAUUUCUCAUGGGUGCGAGGGACAGGGGAGGGCUGAUAGACUUAACUCGUUUUGAUUAAAGUAAAAGCUAGGGACUGUGCUGUUUUUAUAGCUAACCGAACAUGCACCCCCACACUUAUGCUUGCACUGUGGUAAACCACCUUUUCCGCCCCUCAUGAACCAGUCUGCGUUAGAAAGCAGCAGCUCUCCAGGCGGCAUUCUCUGCUCUUUGGGACCAAGUCUCUUUGGACUUUGGGAAGAUCUCUGAUCUGCAAGCUUGGGCUCUGAGGAAUUGGGUCCUUGUGGUGUUAACAUGCUGGCUGGUAGUGGAGGGAAAAACAAGAGUGGUAUUGGCAUAAACGUUCUACACAGAGAAAGAGUCAAGGCUAUCCCAAACCAGGGAAAGACAGGCUCUCCUGGGGCUUUUGAAAGGCAUUGAAUACUUUAUUUCAUUUGACUCUGGUGCCUGGGAAAAGCCAGGUUGAUUUUUGGGAGUGUGGAUGUGUCCUUCCCUGUGACUUCAAGCCACCACUGUCCCAGCACCCAAGAGAGGCCCAGAAGCGUCUCAGGCUUCACAGAGUCACAUGGGCCAACCGGUUGACCACUGGGGUUCCAGUGAUUGUUUAGGAGCAUUAGUUAGGGGCCCACCUUCUCACGAACACCCCAAAUUCACAUUCCUUUUAAUCCUCCUGAUUAUCCCACUAGUAUAUUUUGCCCAUUUUUACCCUCACAUACCACGUAAUAGUGAGUGGCAUUUUAAUGCACUAAUAUUUUAUAACUCUAAUGUUUACUAUUUAUAAAUCAGAAGAAGGUGUUUCCAUAGUUUUAGAAGUUGUAGGUAGGAUAAACUCAAAUAUUUAUGACAGUUGAAAGUACUUUUCAGCUUUUCCUCUUUGGCUGCAGAAAAAAAAAAUGUUCUGUUUAAAGAUGUUUCCACUGUGAGUUUAACACAGGAUCUAAAACCUCUUAAGAGACCAAAGCAUGGUAUGAAUGGCCAUGCCCUCGUGCAGCAUCUGAGUGUCUUGGAGACUGGGCUCAGAAGGACAAUAAGUGAAUCGUUAUUUAUAAGGUAAUGAAGUAAGGUUUCAGAAGUGUUCUCCAAAGACUGUUUGCACUCUCAGAGACAGUGGGUUUUUUCUUUUGUUUUUGUUUGUUUGUCUUACAAAUGCUUAUGGUAGCCAUGUUUGUUUCUUAAAACCAUAGCACUUUAUUAUUUAAGUUGAAUCUGUAAAAUCAAUGAGGCUUUAAAAUUAAUAAGAGACAUGGAGAGCCUGAAAUCCAGAAUCAGCCCAGUAUCUGGAGAAACGCUGGUAUCCUCUAACAGUGACUUUAGUGAUUUGUUGAUCUGGCGGUUGUUUGUCUGAUUGUUUGUUUGCUCUCCUUCUGUCAAUGUGUUCUCACAUUUCAUCUUGUCUGGUGUCCCGUCCAGAGUGUGGUCCAUGGACCACCAUGCCCUGCGAUAUGCCCAGGAUCCAGCCCCAGCACAUUCCUGCCAGGGACCACUCUGAGGAGCUGGCUAGCUGAUUUGUUUACACAGAAAGCUUUGGUGGCCACUGGUCUGGUGAAUGGCAUUUAUAUGUUUUGUGGGAUAAAAUCU